GCAAAAGACGGAGUUGUUUGUAUCUUACUCUGCGUCGCCUCCCCCUCACAGCCUGGGCAGCGCCAAGGCCAGGGCCCUGCCGGUUCUCCGUCAGGCCUUCUCCCCGAGGCCCACCAGCGAGGCCACGACUGCCACCACCACCUGGCCGCGGCGUCGCCUCUCGCGUGAGAAGGUCGCCCCAGCUGUCGCCGCGGCCGCCGCCCACCUGCAGCCAGCCGGGGGCGGAGCCUGCUCGCUCUCCCGCUAUAUAUACCCGUGCGGGCCGGGAAACUCAGUCAUUCAAGCUCUCUCUACGCUGUGACGCAACUCCUGUCGCCAUCUCGCCAUGAAGGCUCAGCGCUGCUCGUCUCCUCUCCAGGCCGUAGUGGGCGUACUCGAGGGUAAGGCCGGGAAGCCCUCCACACGGGCUGAGGCCACACAGGUGCUCAUGUACCUGGAUCGCCUUCAGCAGCUGGUGCCCCAUUGCCCUAAAGACCGGCCCGUGCCCCGCCUGGAGUUGAUCCAGGCUGUCAUCGACUACAUAUGUGACCUACAGGACCAGCUGGCAGAGGCCCCUGCUCUCCUCCCGGAGACUGACACCCUCCAAGAUUCAGUGUUCGAGGAUGAACCGCCCGAAAAUUCUCCGUGAGACAGCACCACCCCACGCUUCCUCUCGUCCUUAUCCGUCGUCACCACUCCCCGCGACGCCCGCAGCAGGAGACACGCCCUUCAAGCCGCAGUCGUGAGCAUGAUGGCUAACGCCGCCCCAGAACGGCGGCAGGCCACGCCGUCUGGCUGCUCCCCGCUCUUCCCUGCCAGUGGAAGCCUGCAGCCUUGCUCCUGACGUGUGGCCGAGACCACAUGUCGCAGUGGCUACUCAGUGAUGUCACCGCCUACUGGCACCGCUCGCUACGAUGCCGGCCUGACCAUGACCUGAACGUCGCCACGGCCGCGCCACACAUCCAUCGCAGCCUACUCCUCUUCCUCCUCCUCCUCCUCCUCCUCCUCUCCAGUUCGAUGUGGCGGCGACACUCCACGGAUAGUGCCCCACCUGCCUCGCCUCCACAGGUCCUCACGGCACCACCCUCUCACGGCCCACCCACCACCCGCCACUUCCAGUCCAUCCACUCCCGGCCUCGGCCACUCCAAGCCUCUGCCCCUUCAAGCCCCGUUCGUUAUCCGCACAUCGGGCUACACCUUCACACGUAAAUGCACACAUCAUAUUUAUUUAUUAUUUAUUUAUUUUUUUACAUUUGUAGUCCUUAGCUCGUUUUCUUCAUUAGGAAAAAAAAUACACUAUGAAUUAAAAUAUACAUAACGGCACGUACAUAACAUGCAAACAUAUUCUUGUUCUUGUGUACUGAACACCCCACACCUGGUACACACACGGCAGCGAGGAGCACGUGAGUGGAACGACUUCCCUCCUCCACCACCACCCAGGAGACACUGUACACCACUCUACCUGGCCUCCACACAGCUCCACCACGCCCUCUUAACUCUCACCACCAAGGACCUGCUUCCGACUCACCUUCACAUCCUUCUUGAGGCAACCAGUUCCCCAGGGGCGCCAGAAACACGUCCACCUUCCCCACAUGUCAACACUCUACUGCUCGCUCAAGUGACUCGCAGGUUCGGCCCUUCAUUUCGAAGCCGUCGUACCUUUGUGGAUUUAUGUUGUACUUCUGUUUGUCUUUUAUAGAUAUGAGUACAGUUAUUGUCAUUAUUGUUAUUAUUAUUAUUGUAUUGCUAUCAUUAGUACAAUCUUUUGGUUUACUAUAUAUUUGGUUAUUUUCAACUACAAAUAAAUAUGACCAGUUUUC